GGAAGGUUAUACGAGCGAGAGCCAUACAAUCUGCGGGGGUCUAUUUUUGCCGCACACACCGUGCGGGUUGCCGAUUUCGCUCAGAGCAAUCUGAAGUUAUUGUGGGUAGUGCGGCCAUGCUUGUGGCUUGUGCUUAAAGUGAUGAGGGGGUCUGGCGUUUGUUUCCUGUUUAUGGCGCACUGUGCUCGUCUACUCUCAGCGUGAAAAUGUGUAACUGCUGUCAAAAUCGCCCCCAUUCGACGUGGCGAAAGUUUUGGAGGUGUUUCUGUGCGUCUAGUUCGCGCUAUCGACUCGCCUCCACUGCGUCUUUUCAUCCCGCACCUCUGCCAUGCUGCCUGCCGCAUUGUUAUAAUGGCGGAGGACACGAAAAGUCUGUUUGAACCAUGGAGGUGGUGUCGGCGACUGUGACGACGGAGGGAGUUUAUUUGGUUUAUUGGAGAUACAUGUCUUCCAUUGUGUCCGGUUAAGGGACAUAUGGUGUGAGCGUUGAGUCUGGCCAACAUUCCUCUGACCCCAGAAACAGCCCGGGACCAAGAGAGGCGAAUUCGCAGAGAGAUUGCCAACAGCAACGAGCGUCGGCGUAUGCAGAGCAUCAAUGCUGGUUUCCAGUCACUUAAAACGCUCAUCCCACACAGUGAUGGAGAGAAGCUCAGCAAGGCUGCCAUCCUGCAGCAGACAGCCGAGUACAUUUUUACUUUGGAGCAGGAGAAGACACGGCUAUUGCAGCAGAACAGUCAGCUCAAACGAAUCAUACAGGAGUUAAGCGGUUCCUCUCCUAAGAGGAGGCGUGCAGAGGAGAAAGAUGAAGGGAUUGGCUCACCAGACAUCCUGGAGGAGGAAAAGACUGAGGACUUGAGGAGGGAGAUGAUUGAGUUAAGGCAGCAGCUGGAGAAGGAGCGCUCUGUCAGGAUGAUGCUGGAAGAUCAGAUGCGUUCCCUUGAUGCUCAGCUGUACCCAGAGAAACUGAAGGCCAUUGCCCAGCAGCUCCAGGAUCAGCAGCCAACACAGAGCCUUGGUCAUUUGCAGCAGCACAAGCAUCUGGAGAGGGACCUCACUCCAGCCCACAGCCCACAGGUUGUGGCCCCGGCUACCCCCCCUGCACCGACGCACCAUGCCACGGUCAUCGUCCCUGCACCUGUCCAACCUCCCUUGCCCCAUCAUGUCACUGUGGUAACCAUGGGCCCAACAUCAGUUAUCAACUCAGUGUCCACAUCUCGACAGAACCUGGACACCAUCGUUCAAGCAAUUCAGCACAUUGAGGGUACCCAGGGGAAGGGUUGCGUAGGUGAGGAAGAGCAACGGAGGGCGGUCAUCGUCACCUCAGGUCGUGUCCUCUCCGAUGCGGCGGGCUCAGACACAGCCUCAAACAGCGACGGGCCUGACGACUGUUCACUGCCCUGAAGCUCGCCCCCGACACCUCGCACAUCCUUCACUUAACAAACAAACACACACUUACACGCAUACAAAAGGCCCAGGCAGAUCAGGGCUACAGGAGGCGACAAACCCCCACAGCACUCUUGUUCAGUGGACAUUAAUAGGGCUGGUAGGCAGAUUGAAGCACUCGUUUGUUUUUUGGUUAUUUUUUUUCUUCAGUGCAAACUCUUACAUGUUGUACCCUGAAUAGGUUUACACUUAGACACUCAUACUUGCAGUCUCGUCUGCGCCUUUUCUCUGCUUAUCUCUAGCCCCCCCCUGCUCACUCGCUCACACAAACACACACACACACUCAUAUCUGUUUAGUAAUCUGUAGAAAAGGUUCACUCUCUGAUGUAUAAAUGCUGUCAUACUGGAUACUAGAAUAUCGAAUGUCUGCUAAACAUCACCAUUGCUCACCAGGACUCUUCUUUUUAUUUUGUCCCUGAAGCCAUGUGACUGAGCCAUGACACAGUAGACAAAGUCGAUGAAGGGGCCCAGCAGUUUGGCAACCCAGCACCGAAACAUUUUCCAUUUCAGAUGAGCAUCCUUUAAAUCUCCUUCUCUGAGCUGUUUGGAGAGACACUGAGCCAGCGAGACUGUCUCAAAGUUUCACCUUUUAGGCUCCGUGUUAUUUUACUUUACUUAUGUUUUGUUUCUUUCUCAGCCAGCUAGUUAAUGUGAUCGUACUGGAGGGAAGAAAAGGCUUUUUUUCGCAUGAAAUGAAGCGAAGCUCAGGAGGAGAGCAAGCGCUUAUUGCUUCAUAACACUUUUUUUUAUUUGUUGGUUGGUUUGUUUGUUUGUUUGUUUGUUGGCAUUUCUACUGGGCUGGGUUCCCAGUAAUCCCACUUAUGUAUUUGGCAUGUUCUUUGUUUUAUUCAUGGCCUGUCAAAAGAAAAAAAAAAAUCAGUGCUUUGAUAUUUCUUGACACCCUCCUUUUGAAUAUAGAAGCACCUGGCUUGUUUAAUAAGCUAAUCUGUGGGCACUCUUGAGUGAUCUCCAUGUGGUGUGUGCAUCCCUUUUUAGCAUUUUAAAUCAGCAAGGCUCGGUGGUGUCCCAGACUCUGGCAGUCUGCAAAGCACCACUUUUGCCUUGAAACUCAUGCGUAUGUGCGCACAGCACUCAUGCAUAUAAAUAUGACUGACAUACAAUCAUUUGUUUGCUUAAUCUUAAGGGCUGGCGUUAUGCGGCCCUAAACCUUGUAGUUUCUUGUCCAAAUGUUGGGACAUCUAUCAAAGCAGAGUAUACUUCAGAUAUUAGUGAAAGAAAGCCCAGUGAAAGUGAUUGAAUGUGCCAUGGAUGUGACUGGGUUGACCACACAUGCUCUAUGCAUUUCCAUCAUUUGUGUUUUUGUCUUGUUUGGCAUACUGUGCCAUUUACAUGUUUCUGUUUAGAUUAUACUUUAACUGUGCUUUUGUUUUGCCUGGAACUGUUGGUUGACAGACAGACAUUAAGACAUGUAGCUGAGAGAGGCAGCAGCUUGCCUUACUAAUCGCCCACGGGUGCAGGGAGGCACUGUUUGAAGCCAGCCUUAAUGAGGCCCUGGGUUCUGAGAGACGUACCUGAACACUUGAUCUGGGCCAUUUGGUGGCCGCUGGAAUCCUUUCCAAACAGGCUUAUAAACACCCAGGGUGUGUUAGUUAUAUACAGAUUCCCAGUUAUUUUUUUUCUACUUCGCUUAUGUUUAUUUUACUAUGUUUGCCCCAAAAAUGAACAAUAUACUACUUUCAGUCAAGCGCUCCUGAUACACCCCCCCAAAAGUUACAUGUAGAUUUGCAGCUGAUUUGGCCCCUUUUGUAUGCACCAUUAAAGCCAGAUGUAAAGAAGCAAAAAACUACAAGGAAAUGUUCACAUUCCAUUAUAUUUUACUUUUUUUCUUUACAUCAGCCGUGUGUAUUUGCAGAUUACAGUUACAUUUUGGGUUUUUGACUUAUCACUGCUAUUUUAUAAUUGUAUGUAGUGACAAAGUCAUUAUUAGAAUCCCCUGCAUCAGUGCAUACAUGGAGCUUUGAACUGCUGGACAGAUUAAGUGUUCAUUUGAACGCACCUCAUCUAUUACGAUUCAAUUCAUGGAACUGCCCUUUAAAAAAUAUUGAUGUCAGCUGCACUGAAAUGAGUGACGUGUCUGUCAAAUCAAAUCUUGGGACUUUUCACAAUACUUAACGCUAUUGGAAGGGGAUUCCUGGAUACUGAAAUUGUGCUCUGCUUUUAGCUUUCUGUAGAGCCGUUGGUUUUUACUAUGAGUAUCUGCAUUUGAUAGUUUUCUGCUGAAUCUCAGAACUGUUUUAUUUCCAUCUGUGUUUUACACUCUGUUGGGGGAAAGUUACGUGGACAUAUCAGCUUGUCAGAUGAAUGGGGUGGGCCUGGGGAUCAUUGAAUGGGUUCGAGAUUACAAAGCACUUACUGUACUAUACUGGAGUCUGCCUCUUUCUUUUGUGUAAAGAGGCAUCUCCUCAGCUGAAGCUCUUGAGGUUAUGAGUAAAAACCGCACAGCUGUGUAUCCCCUUUUCCUCCAUGUUCAGCCCUCCUACAUAUUGUCCUGUUUGCCCAUUUGUUUUGUUUUUUUUGCUUUUGCUUUUAUGCUGUCUUUGUUUAUCUUUUGUCAGUAUCUCUUGUCUCCCUUCACAUUUUGCUGCUCCCAUCCCUUCUCCCUCACCUUUUGUCUGUUCUCCGUAACUUUUUUUGUGAGACCUGUCGAUGCAUAUGGUCAUCAAAAAGCUAUUUUGUUUUGUUUUUUUUGUUUGUUUUUUAAGAGAAAUGUUUUGGGGAUAAAGAGGCUUGUGCCUUUGUAAAGACAGAAUAAUAAAGUUUGUACUUUGUUUUUUACACAUUGUG